AUGUUUUUUCAAAUUCCUUUGGUCAUUAUUCUUUCUUUAGUUUGUUUUUCAAAUUCAUUAGUUACAAAUUAUAUACCGGCAAUAGGUAGAGAUCUUAUAAACCCUGCCGAUAUACCCCGUGCUGCAUUACCUACAUACUCAAAUCAAUUAGAUGCUUUACAAUUUUCUAAAGCUAUUAGUUAUGAAGUGCCAGAGGAGGUGUUUAAUAUUACAUUUAGUAAAUAUUAUUUAAAUAAUAUCGUAGCUCUCUCGACAAGUAAUACAUUUGGAGCCGUAUCUCAUUAUAAUAAUUUAAUAUCAUUAUAUAAUGAUGCCAACAACAUUGCCUUUGCCAUUUUAAAUAAUACUAUUGGUAAUAUUAAUACAAUUACAAAAUACACCAAUUAUGACCCUUCAAAAUUUGAUACAAUUUCAACAUCAAUUAAUAAUUUAAAAUCAAGCAUUGACACAAUAAAACAAUCAGCAACAUCUUUGGCCUCAGCAAUGAAUUCAACAAAAAAUUCUUUAUUACCAAGUACUCCCAAUGCAGCCACUGUUCAAGUUGUUAAAGAUAAUUAUGAUUUGGCUAUCAAAUCUGUUAUUUUAAUUUCAAACCGUUUUAAUUUAAUUAAAAAUGAACUUAGUGAUAUUUUAUCUUUAAUGCCAACUUGUAAAGAAGAAGUAGAAUUUUAUGUUGAUUCUCUUACAUCAGAUGAAGAUUAUAUGGGAAAUAUGAAUUCUUACAUGAAGCUCAUUUUUAUAUAUGCCAAUAGCCUUUAUAGUAGAUCAUUACUAUUUACCAGAUUAAAAGAAUUGUUUUGA